AUACGGGAAGACUCGGCUAGCAACCAAACACGGUCAGAGUUGCUUGCUCUGUUACACCUCCCCGCUGACCGACGCGCCGUCGCUGCCGCCACGUCGCCUGCUCGGCCGGCCGAUCCCCCCACGUCUUUCCCUCUGCCUCUUUGGCUGUCCCUCACCUCCUCCCCACUGUCACGCCAGAGUAGCCCGGAGAUCCUUUCGGACCCUCGUCGCUGUAAAAGAUCGCCGGGGGAGUCGAUAUAGAAUGGCCAUGACAUCACCUAGGCGAGCUAGGGUUUACACAAGCAUCGAGGAGCUGACGCGUCCGGUGGCGGUCGACCACCGCAUCAGCCUCCCCCACUAUUUCCGGAUCGCCGACAAUCUUCUCCGCCAGGCUAACAUAUACCGAGAGGAAAAGAACCUGGUCGACCUGUACAUUAUCCUCCUGAGAUACUCGAGCCUAUUGUCUGAGACGAUCCCGAAGCAUCGCGAUUACCAUGCAUUCAAGUCAAGAGAAAAGGAAUUCUUGAAGAAAGGGCCACAUAACUCUGAUAAACUCUUGAAUGUUAUCAGCGAGCUAGAGUCUCUGAAGCCGAUUGUGAAGGAGCAAAUUGCUCAGCUUGCUCCAAGUCCACCUAUGGUGCAGCCAGCUUUUGGAAGUGCAACAGGACCAUUGCAGAAAACGUUCUCUAAGGGGGGCCAUCAAGAGGCAUCGCCACAGGGCGUUGAACCUGAUAGGCAGCUAGUCAAAUCGUCUGCCAGUUUGCCAUAUCUAAAGGACGAAACAUUAUCCAGGCAUUCAAUACUUGGACCGAAUGGUCUUCAUGGCCAAUGGACAGGGCCUGUCACUGGCGUCAAGAUCCAGUACCCAAGUCACCCCGAACUAACCCAAAGUGAUAUCCCUAGUUUAGUGCCAGCAAUCUUGAACCAAAAUGGCUCAUAUGGUUCUAGUACAACAUCGCUGGAUGGAUCCACAAAUAUCAAUGGUGAUAUGCAGUCUGUUCUCUCACUUGACGAUGGUCGAUGGUCUUUACCAGUAAAAGGGCCAGCAUCUGUAUCUUAUGCUGCUUUUGAGGAAGAAUUCUCCCAGCUGAAUAUCAGACAGCCUUCUCCCCCACCAGUUCUGGCACAAGUACACCCUAAACAUAGACCAAUUUCUCCAUCAAGAGUAGCUGAUCCAAGACCAGGAUUGGCUACCUGUGACACAGGACGUUUUCAGAAUUUGCAUGUGCCGGUGGCGUUAAUGGAGUCUUUUCUGAGGCUUGCUGAGGCAAAUACUGCAAAUAAUUUGGAAACAUGUGGGAUUCUUGCUGGUUACCUGAAAAAGAGGACUUUUUAUGUGACGACACUGAUAAUUCCUAAGCAGAAAUCAACGUCUGAUUCAUGUCAAGCUACAAAUGAAGAAGAAAUAUUUGAAGUUCAGGACAAAGCCUCACUUUUCACUCUUGGUUGGAUUCACACACAUCCAACACAGACCUGCUUCUUAUCUUCCAUUGAUCUUCAUAAUCAUUAUUCGUAUCAGGUCAUGCUUCCUGAAGCAAUUGCAAUUGUUAUGGCACCUACCGAUACAACAAGGAAACAUGGCAUAUUUCACCUCACAGACCCAGGUGGCAUGGGGGUGAUUCACGACUGCCAGGAGAGUGGAUUCCAUCCUCACGAAGAGCCUCUAGAUGGUACUUCAAUCUACGAGCAUUGCUCGCAUGUGUACAUGAACCCCAAUGUGAAGUUUGAUAUGGUCGACCUCCGUUCAGUGUGAGGAGGCUGGCUCAUAAUAUUUCGGAAAUGCAAAACUGAUUCCGUGCUCACCUAAUCCCUUUAUCUGAACCACACAGCUGCUCUGAGAUUGUUGAAAACGGGGUAUUUCUGCUUGCAUUCCUU